AUGGAAACUUCUUCCACAAAAUCCCCAUUCAAGCCAUGGAAGAAAGGCCCCUCCCGGGGCAAAGGCGGCCCCGACAACGCCUCGUGCGAGUAUCGGGGCGUCCGCCAGCGCACCUGGGGGAAAUGGGUGGCCGAGAUUCGCGAGCCGAAGAAGCGCACCAGGCUGUGGCUUGGCUCCUUCGCCACCGCGGAGGAGGCUGCCAUGGCCUACGACGACGCUGCCCGACGACUCUACGGUCCCGACGCAUAUCUCAACCUCCCACACUUGCUCCCAAACUACAACGAUUCAAAUAACUUUAAACAAGUUGUUAAGAAGUUCAAAUGGGUUCCUUCUAAGAACUUCAUGGCUAUGUUCCCUUGGCCAGGCCAUGGGCGUGGGAAUUUGAUGCUCAAUCUUAAUGCUCAGCCCAGUGUUCAUGUCAUUCACCAGAGGCUUCAGCAGCUUCAAUCCCGAACUCGCCUUCUCUCUUCUUCCUCUUCCCUUCCUUCACCUCCCCCCAAGAAAGUACUCGAAAACAAAGUCAAGGGAGGGAAAGAGAGAGAUGACGAAGCUUCGGUGGGAGAGACAACAGCGUCAACGACAACGGUAAGAGCAUUAGGCGAAGAGAAGCCACAGAUUGAUCUAAACGAGUUUCUACAACAGCUGGGGAUUCUGAAAGAGGAGGAGAAAGUGGGUGAAUCAGAAGGAGAGGAAGCCAUUGGAGGCUGUUCUUUGGGAUCAGAAUCUUGUGAUUUGAAAGAUAAUUACAGUGAAGAACUUGAAGUUUUGAGUGACAAAACCUUCAAUUGGGAUUCCUUUAUGGAGAUGCAAGACAUUAUUGGACAUGAUCAUAAUCAUAAUGGAGGAACUGAUCAUCAAAUUAGAAACUUUCAAGUUUAUGAUUAUGUUAAUUAUUAUGAAGAUGAUCUAAGUUUUCCCACUUCCAUUUGGGAUUUCCAAGAGGAGUAUUCCACUAGAUUUUCAUAA